AUGUUUGAAGAACAAACAGAAUCAAAUAUAGAGAAUGAUGAAUGGGAAGAACAAGUCAUUCCACAAGAUGAACCAAAUAUAGAUGAACCAAAUAUGGAAAAAAUAUUAGAAAAGAAAGAAUUUAAAUUUAAUAAUUGGAUUGAAAUUCAAUAUGAAAAUCCAAAUUCAACAAUAAAAUCUUCUAAAUUUAGUAAAAAUUCAGAUUUAACAGAAUUAUUUGGUGAAUGGCAAACAGAAGAUUAUCAAGUACCAAUUAUAAAUGAAAAUGAUGAAAUACCAAAAUCAGAUAAAGGAUCAUAUGAAUUAUGGAAUGAUAAAUUUUUACCAAUUGGAUGUUGCCAUAUUAGUACAAAUAAUGAACCUUUAAAAGGUUUAACAAUUGUUGCUAGAAAAUUAAAAAUAGAUUAUUCUAGAGCAAUGAUUGGUUUUGAAUUUAAACAUAAACGUAGUAUACCUAUUUAUGAUGGUAUUAUUAUACAUUCUAAAAAUGAACAAUUACUUAGAAUGGAAUAUUUAAAAUAUCAACAAGUUAAAUUAGAAAAAUUAAUUAAAAAAAAGAAUGAACGUUUUUUAAAUAAUUGGAAAAAAUUAGUAAAAGGUUUAUUAGCAAGAGAAUAUGUUAAAAAUAAAUAUGCAAAUAGAAAAGAACAAAUUCAUUUACAUGAUAUCAUUUCUAUUAAUAGUAAUAUUAAUGAAAAUGAUAAUAAUGAUAAUGGAAAUGAAAAUGAUGAUAAAGAAGAGAAUGAAGAAGAAGAGAAUAAAGAUUAUAUGAGUAGCAGUAGUAGUGAUAUUGAUGAAGAAGAUGAAGAAAUAGAAAUGAGUAGUAGUGAUAUUGAUGAAAUGAGCGAUGAUGAAGAAGAAGAAAAACCAAAAAAGAAAAAGAAAACCAAAUCUUCAACAACACCACCACCUUCUAAAAAGAGUAAGAAGAAAAAGAAUACACCACCAUCUGCAUCAUCUUCAACAUCAACAAGCACAGUUCAAAGAAUGUUGGCAAGUGGAAAGAUUGUUGAAUUUGAACAAAUUUAA